GCGCGGCGCUGAGCGGUCGGAGAGCGGCCGCGCCGCCGCGCCGCCAUGGGCUUCGUGCACCAGCUGCAGCUGCUGCUUUGGAAGAACGUGACGCUGAAGCGCCGGAGCCCGUGGGUCUUGGCCUUCGAGGUCUUCAUCCCUCUGGUCCUGUUCUUUAUCCUGCUGGGGCUGCGGCAGAAGAAGCCCACCAUCUCCGUGAAGGAAGCCUUCUACACGGCCGCACCCCUCACCUCCGCCGGCAUCUUGCCAGUCAUGCAGUCACUGUGCCCUGACGGCCAGCGGGACGAGUUUGGCUUCCUGCAGUACGCCAACUCCACGGUCACGCAGCUUCUGGAGCGCCUCAACCGCGUGGUGGAGGAGGGUAAUCUGUUCGACCCCGCUCGGCCCAGCCUGGGCUUGGAGCUCGAGGGCCUGCGGCAGCACCUGGAAGCCCUGAGUGCCAGCCCGGGCGCCUGGGAGGACCGCACAGACAGCCCUGCAGUGUCUGCCUUCUCUCUGGACUCCGUGGCCAGGGACCCGCGGGAGCUCUGGCGCUUUCUGACACAGAACUUGUCACUGCCUAACAGCACAGCUCAGGCCCUCCUGGCUGCCCAGGUGGACCCGCCUGAGGUCUACCGCCUGCUUUUUGGCCCUUCACCCAACCUGCAUGCUGGUUCCGGCCUCCCUGGGGGUCAGGAGCCCUGGAGCCACCUGGGUACCAAUCCUCUACUCCGGUUGGAGGAGCUGCUGCUGGCCCCCGCCCUCCUGGAGCAGCUCACAUGCUCACCAGGCUCUGGGAAGCUUGGCCGCAUCCUCACGGUGCCCGAGGGUCAGCAGAGCGCGCUGCAGGGCUACCGGGCUGCCAUUUGCAGUGGGCAGGCUGCCACCCGUGCCCACCGCUUCUCUGGGCUGGCAGCUGAGCUCCGGAACCAGCUGGAGAUGGCCAAGAUCUCCCGGCAGCUGGGCCUGGAUGUGACCAACGGCUCCGACCCUCAGCAGCAGCCACCACCCCCGCGGCGGCUUCAGGCGCUGCUGGAGGACCUGCUGGACGCCCAGAAGGUUCUGCGGGACGUGGACGUCCUCUCGGCCCUGGCCCUGCUGCUGCCCCAGGGCGCCUGCAUUGGCCGGGCCCCUGCGACCCCCGCCAGCGGCCCCGGCGGCGGCGCAGCCAACGGCACCGGCACCGGGGCGGGCACGGGGGCCAACGCCACGGCGGAGGAGGGCAGCCCGCCCGCUGGAGUCCUGGCCUCCGCGGACGCACUGCAGGGCCAGUGCGCGGCCUUCGUGCAGCUCUGGGCAGGCCUGCAGCCCAUCCUCUGCGGCAACAACCGCACCAUCGAGCCGGAGGCGUUGCGGCGGGGCAACAUGAGCUCCCUGGGCUUCACCAGCAAGGAGCAGCGGAACCUGGGCCUCCUGGUGCACCUCAUGACCAGCAACCCCAAGAUCCUGUACGCGCCCGCGGGCUCGGAGGCGGACCGUGUCAUCCUGAAGGCCAACGAGACCUUUGCCUUCGUGGGCAACGUGACUCACUACGCCCAGGUCUGGCUCAACAUCUCGGCAGAGAUACGCAGCUCCCUGGAGCAGGGCCGGCUACGGCAGCUCCUGCACUGGCUGCAGCAGUACGUAGCGGAACUGCGGCUGCACCCCGAAGCACUGAACCUCUCGCUGGAGGAGCUGCCCCCUGCCCUGCGCCAGGACAACUUCACGCUGCCCAACGGCUCCGCGCUCCUGCGGCAGUUGGACACCAUCGACAAUGCGGCCUGUGGCUGGAUCCAGUUCAUGUCCAAGGUGAGCGUGGACAUCUUCAAGGGCUUUCCUGAUGAAGAGAGCAUCGUCAACUACACGCUUAACCAGGCCUACCAGGACAACGUCACCGUGUUCGCCAGCGUGAUUUUCCAGACGCGGAAGGACGGGUCUCUCCCGCCCCACGUCCACUACAAGAUCCGUCAGAACUCCAGCUUCACCGAGAAAACCAACGAGAUCCGUCGGGCCUACUGGCGGCCGGGGCCCAACACUGGGGGCCGCCUCUACUUUCUGUACGGCUUCGUGUGGAUCCAGGACAUGAUGGAGCGCGCCAUCAUCAACACCUUUGUGGGGCACGACGUGGUGGAGCCGGGCAACUACGUGCAGAUGUUCCCUUACCCCUGCUACACACGUGACGACUUCCUGUUCGUCAUCGAGCACAUGAUGCCGCUCUGCAUGGUGAUCUCCUGGGUCUACUCCGUGGCCAUGACCAUCCAGCACAUCGUGGCGGAGAAGGAGCACCGGCUCAAGGAGGUGAUGAAGACCAUGGGCCUGAACAAUGCGGUGCACUGGGUGGCCUGGUUUAUCACCGGCUUCGUGCAGCUGUCCAUCUCCGUGACAGCCCUCACAGCCAUCCUCAAGUACGGCCAGGUGCUCCUGCACAGCCACGUGCUCAUCAUCUGGCUCUUCCUGGCUGUCUAUGCAGUGGCCACCAUCAUGUUCUGCUUUCUGGUGUCGGUGCUGUACUCCAAGGCCAAGCUGGCUUCAGCCUGUGGUGGGAUCAUCUACUUCCUAAGCUACGUGCCAUACAUGUAUGUGGCCAUCCGUGAGGAGGUGGCCCACGAUAGGAUCACCGCCUUCGAGAAGUGCAUCGCGUCCCUGAUGUCCACAACAGCCUUUGGCCUGGGCUCCAAGUACUUUGCUCUGUACGAGGUGGCAGGCGUGGGCAUCCAGUGGCACACAUUCAGCCAGUCACCCGUGGAAGGGGAUGACUUCAAUCUGCUGCUGGCUGUCAUCAUGCUGGUGGUGGAUGCAGCCGUCUAUGGCGUGCUCACGUGGUACAUUGAGGCUGUGCACCCAGGAAUGUAUGGGCUGCCCCGGCCCUGGUACUUCCCACUGCAGAGAUCCUACUGGUUGGGUAGUGGGCGGACAGAGGCGUGGGAGUGGAGCUGGCCAUGGGUACAUGCCCCCCGCCUCAGCGUCAUGGAGGAGGACCAGGCUUGUGCCAUGGAGAGCCGGCGGUUCGAGGAGAUGCGGGGCAUGGAGGAGGAGCCCACCCACCUGCCGCUGGUGGUCUGCGUGGACAAGCUCACCAAAAUCUACAAGAAUGACAAGAAGCUGGCUUUGAACAAGCUGAGCCUGAAUCUGUACGAGAACCAGGUCGUCUCCUUCCUGGGCCACAACGGGGCUGGCAAGACCACAACCAUGUCUAUCCUGACUGGUCUGUUCCCGCCAACCUCGGGCUCGGCCACCAUCUACGGACAUGACAUCCGCACGGAGAUGGAUGAGAUCCGCAAGAACUUGGGCAUGUGCCCGCAGCACAAUGUGCUCUUCGACCGCCUCACGGUGGAGGAGCACCUGUGGUUCUACUCAAGGCUUAAGAGCAUGGCGCAGGAGGAGAUCCGCAAGGAGAUGGACAAGAUGAUUGAAGACCUAGAGCUCUCCAACAAGCGUCACUCGCUGGUGCAGACAUUGUCGGGCGGCAUGAAGCGCAAGCUCUCCGUGGCCAUCGCCUUUGUGGGUGGGUCCCGUGCCAUCAUCCUGGACGAGCCCACGGCCGGUGUCGACCCCUAUGCACGCCGUGCCAUCUGGGACCUCAUCCUGAAGUACAAGCCGGGCCGCACCAUCCUCCUGUCCACCCAUCACAUGGACGAGGCUGACCUGCUGGGGGACCGCAUCGCUAUCAUCUCCCACGGGAAGCUCAAGUGCUGUGGCUCCCCGCUCUUCCUCAAGGGUGCCUAUGGCGACGGGUACCGACUCACCCUGGUCAAGCGACCCGCUGAGCCCGGAAGCCCCCAAGAGCCAGGGCUGACAUCCAGCCCCCAAGGCCGGGCGCCACUGAGCAGCUGCUCUGAGCCACGGGUCUCUGAGUUCAUCCGCAAGCACGUCACCUCUUGCCUGCUGGUGUCGGACACGAGCACGGAACUCUCCUACAUCCUGCCCAGUGAGGCUGCCAAGAAGGGAGCCUUUGAGCGCCUCUUCCAGCACCUGGAGCACAGUCUGGAUGAGCUGCACCUGAGCAGCUUUGGGUUGAUGGACACGACGCUGGAGGAGGUGUUCCUCAAAGUGUCUGAGGAGGACCAGUCCCUGGAGAACAGUGAAGCCGACUUGAAAGAGUCCAGGAAGGACAUCAUGCCAGGGGCAGAGGCCCUGGUGGCUGGGGAGGCUCCCUCUGGCAACCUGGCCCGGUGCUCAGAGCUGGCGGAGUCGCAGGCAUCGCUGCAGUCAGCAUCCUCAGUGGGCUCUACCCGUGGCGACGAGGGCGCCAGCUAUGCUGAGGUCUAUGGGGACUACCGCCCUCUCUUUGACAACCUGCAGGACGCCGACAACGUCAGCCUGCAAGAGGCUGAGGCUGAGGCCCUCACGCGGGUUGGCCAGGGCAGCCACAAGCUGGACGGCUGGUGGCUCCGGGUGCGUCAGUUCCACGGGCUCCUGGUGAAAAGGCUCCACUGCGCCCGCCGCAACUCCAAGGCGCUCUUCUCCCAGAUCCUGCUACCCGCCUUCUUCGUCUGCGUGGCCAUGACGGUGGCUCUCUCUGUCCCCGAGAUCGGUGAUCUGCCCCCACUAGUCCUCUCUCCAUCUCAGUACCAUAACUACACCCAGCCCCGCGGAAACUUCAUCCCCUACGCCAACGAGGAGCGCUGGGAGUACCGACUGCGGCUGUCACCGGAUGCCAGCCCCCAGCAGUUGGUGAGCACCUUCCGACUGCCGUCGGGCGUGGGUGCCACGUGUGUGCUCAAGUCCCCUGCUAACGGCUCCCUGGGACCCACGAUGAACCUGAGCAGUGGCGAGUCCCGCGUGCUGGCCGCCCGCUUCUUCGACAGCAUGUGCCUAGAGUCCUUCACACAGGGGCUGCCAUUGUCCAACUUUGUGCCGCCCCCACCCUCGCCCGCCCCAUCUGAUUCCCCCGUGUCCCUGGAUGAGGACCUACUGCAGGCCUGGAACACCUCCCUGUUGCCCACCGCAGUGCCAGGUUCCAUCAGGGCCCGGGAGGCGUGGACAUUGGCCCCUUCUCUGCCUCGCCUGGUGCGGGAACCCGUCCGCUGCACCUGCUCCAUGCAGGGCACUGGCUUCUCCUGCCCCAGCGGUGUGGGCGGGCACCCGCCCCAGAUGCGGGUUGUCACAGGCGACAUCCUGACUGACAUCACCGGUCACAAUGUCUCCGAGUACCUGCUUUUCACAUCCGACCGCUUCCGGCUGCAUAGGUAUGGAGCCAUCACCUUUGGCAACGUGCAGAAAUCCAUCCCGGCCUCAUUUGGCGCCCGGGCCCCACCCAUGGUGCGAAAGAUUGCAGUCCGCAGGGCGGCCCAGGUUUUCUACAACAACAAGGGUUACCACAGUAUGCCAACCUAUCUCAACAGCCUCAACAACGCCAUCCUGCGUGCCAACCUGCCCAAGAGCAAGGGCAAUCCAGCGGCCUAUGGCAUCACUGUCACCAACCACCCCAUGAACAAGACCAGUGCCAGCCUCUCCCUGGAUUACCUGCUGCAGGGCACAGACGUGGUCAUCGCCAUCUUCAUCAUUGUUGCCAUGUCUUUCGUGCCGGCCAGCUUUGUAGUCUUCCUGGUGGCCGAGAAGUCCAUCAAAGCCAAGCACCUGCAGUUCGUCAGCGGCUGCAAUCCUGUCAUCUACUGGCUGGCCAAUUACGUGUGGGACAUGCCCCCGCUCUUCCAGCUCAACUACCUGGUCCCGGCCACCUGCUGCGUCAUCAUCCUGUUUGUGUUCGACCUGCCGGCCUACACUUCGCCUACCAACUUCCCGGCUGUGCUCUCCCUCUUCCUGCUCUAUGGGUGGUCCAUCACACCCAUCAUGUACCCGGCCUCCUUCUGGUUCGAGGUGCCCAGCUCUGCCUACGUCUUCCUCAUUGUCAUCAAUCUCUUCAUCGGGAUCACGGCCACUGUGGCCACGUUCCUGCUGCAGCUCUUUGAACAUGACAAGGAUCUGAAGGCUGUCAACAGCUACCUGAAAAGCUGCUUCCUUAUCUUCCCCAAUUACAACCUGGGCCACGGGCUCAUGGAGAUGGCAUACAACGAGUACAUCAAUGAGUACUACGCCAAGAUCGGCCAGUUUGACAAGAUGAAGUCCCCAUUCGAGUGGGACAUCGUCACUCGUGGGCUGGUGGCCAUGACGGUGGAGGGCUUUGUCGGCUUCUUCCUCACCAUCAUGUGCCAGUACAACUUCCUUCGGCAGCCACAGCGCAUGCCUGUGUCCACCAAGCCCGUGGAGGACGACAUUGACGUGGCCAGUGAGCGGCAGCGAGUGCUGCGGGGGGACGCGGACAAUGACAUGGUCAAGAUUGAGAACCUGACCAAGGUGUACAAGUCCCGGAAGAUCGGCCGCAUCCUGGCUGUGGACCGCCUAUGCCUGGGCGUGCGUCCUGGCGAGUGCUUCGGCCUCCUCGGCGUCAAUGGCGCCGGCAAGACCAGUACCUUCAAGAUGCUGACGGGCGACGAGAGCACGACGGGUGGCGAGGCCUUCGUCAAUGGGCAUAGCGUGCUCAAGGAGCUGCUGCAGGUGCAGCAGAGCCUAGGCUACUGCCCGCAGUUCGAUGCCCUGUUCGACGAGCUCACGGCCAGGGAGCACCUGCAGCUGUACACGCGCCUGCGUGGCAUUUCCUGGAAGGACGAGGCGCGGGUGGUGAAGUGGGCGCUGGAGAAGCUGGAGCUGACCAAGUACGCCGACAAGCCCGCUGGCACCUACAGUGGCGGCAAUAAGCGCAAGCUGUCCACGGCCAUCGCCCUCAUCGGGUACCCGGCCUUCAUCUUUCUGGAUGAGCCCACCACAGGCAUGGACCCCAAGGCCCGGCGUUUUCUCUGGAACCUCGUCCUGGACCUCAUCAAGACCGGGCGCUCGGUGGUGCUGACGUCACACAGCAUGGAAGAGUGCGAGGCCCUGUGCACGCGGCUUGCCAUCAUGGUCAACGGGCGUCUCCGCUGUCUGGGCAGCAUCCAGCACCUGAAGAACAGGUUUGGAGACGGCUACAUGAUCACAGUGCGGACCAAGGUCAGCCAAAAUGUGAAGGAUGUGGUACGGUUUUUCAGCCGCAACUUCCCGGAAGCCAUGCUCAAGGAGCGGCAUCACACAAAGGUGCAGUACCAGCUGAAAUCGGAGCACAUCUCACUGGCGCAGGUGUUCAGCAAAAUGGAGCAGGUGGUGGGCGUGCUGGGCAUUGAGGACUACUCUGUCAGCCAGACCACCCUGGACAACGUGUUCGUGAAUUUCGCCAAAAAGCAGAGCGACAACCUGGAGCAGCAGGAGACAGAGCCGCCCUCGGGCCUGCGGUCCCCCCUGAGCCGCCUGCUCAGCCUGUUCCGGCCGAGACCCGCCCCCACUGAGCUCCGGGCACUUGUGGCUGAUGAACCUGAGGACCUGGACACAGAGGACGAGGGCCUCAUCAGCUUCGAGGAAGAGCGGGCCCAGCUGUCCUUCAACACGGAUACGCUUUGCUGACUGCUGGGAGCUGGACCCAGGAUGUGGCUGUGGGACAGUCACACAGUGGCUGAGGCACCCCCUAUUUGCCCCCAGUGCCCACACGCCAGGCCUUGGAGUGGAGAUCCAGGAUCCAUGGGCUUUGCUUUCCCUCCAGCCUGCCGCCUGCCCCGCCCUGUCUGUGGUCACUGUGGCUGCCCGACCCCGAUUGUGCCAAGGGCUGGCCUGGCCACUGGGCUGCACAACCCUCACCCUGCUUUGCCUUAAAGCCUUGGGGUCUGGCCCAGCCCCCUGGCUCUGCUUUUGCCCAGCUCUGCCUACCACCUGCAAGGGCCAGGCUAAACCACCCUGGGUGUGCCAGGCCCCACUGCCCUCUCCUGCAGUGGUCCUGAGCCUGGCCAGGCCUGGCCCUGACCGGGCUUCCUCUGACCCUGACCCUGACCCAGGCAGGCUCACUAUUUAUUUUGCUUUAGGAAGAGGCUCCUUCUCCAGCUGUCCUGCUGGCUGGUCAGUGCCCCUAGGGGCUAUUGGCAUGGGCUAGAAAGGGGCUGAUUGGGUGGUAGUGGGGAGGCGGAAUGAGCUGCUGGCCCUGCCAGCCAGG